AUGGAUGACCAAGGUCGAUUUGAUGGAAUGGCGGAUCUCUUUGUGAUCAGUCUUCCCUGGUGUCAAGGUGGUCAGGUAGUCUUUUGCUGGUUCAACCUGGUUGACCUGGAGCUUGGAGGGCCCUUCAGCUUGUCAGCUUGGUGGUGUCAAAGGCCUGUAGUGGGAGUCCAAAAGUUGAGCUUGAGCACGACCCGUGCUUGCACUCAGACAGAACUUUUCCAGCCUUUCAGCUUGUCAGCUUUGUGGUGUCAAAGGCCUGUAGUGGCAGUGCAAAAGUUGAGCUUGAGCACGACCCGUGCUUGCACUCAGACAGGUGUUGGCUUGAUUCUCUUGAUAUUUAUUGCACUUUAG